AUGGAUGAACUGGUAAAUGAGGGGGUGGAGACAAUUGUCGAUAUAGAACAUGGCUGGAAUGAUCCUCCACAGUUUUCAUAUCAUGGGAGUACCUCCAAGAAAGCAAUAUCCUUUACUAAGAGACCUACGUAUCCUGCAGACACUGUUCCCUCAGACUCAACAGGUCGUAGUACCUUAGACUCAAGUGAACCACCUCCAGUAGUGCCUCACUUACCACAGACCACACCUAUUAAUUUAGACAAGAGCAUAGUUAAUGAGUUUCUCUGUGGUGAUGUUCUACAAACUGAAGUAAAACAGUACUUAGAAGAACUUGAUAGUUUUGAAAAGUCUGCCGAGCUACAGGAUAUCAAGACCGCUUUUGAAGAAGCACUCUUACCGAAGCAAGAAGCCACAGAAACAACAUGUAAAGUUAUUAUCAAGUCAACAAAAAGAUUGAAAAAAAUGACAAUUAAGAAUUUUAAGAAGUUGUUUUUUUUUUUGUUUGGAGAAGUUGUAUAUGCUCAUAUUACGAUUCUGCCAGGAUCGAUUUUUCUCGAGUUUCUAGUACCUCGCUCACAAAUACAAUCUCUAGUACUUAUAGCAGCUGAGAAAGUAGAACUAAUGUACCAAGUUGGGAUAUUUGAAAUGAUAGUUGAUGGUAAACUCAUUUUUAAGAAAGAAGAGGAUACAACUAUCACCUUUGAACAAUCACUACUUCAAGCAGCACAAACUGGUCAUAACAAUGAUGCCACAUUACUACUGGAGUUAAGAGCUGACAUUGACUACCAGAAUGAAGAAGGACAAACAGCACUAAUGUUAGCUACUAAUGGUGAACAUGAAAAUGUUGUGCAGACUCUAAUAUCAGCUGGAGCUAAAGUGGACAUUCAAGAUAACGAUGGUGAUACUGCAUUAAUGAUCGCUUGUAAAAAUAAUUCCUGCAGUAUGGUUGACCUGCUACUCCAAGCUAAAGCAAAUCCUGACAUACAAAGACAAGAUGUCGUCAAGCUUCUACUCAAAGAAAACGUCAACCCUAAUCAUCAAAGACAACGAGAUGGUGUGACUGCUCUGAUACUUGCCAGUGAAAAGGGCCAUCACCAAGUUGUUGAGCUUUUACUCAAAGAGAAUGCUGAUUCUAAUCUUCAAAAAGAAGAUGGAUGGACUGCUUUGAUGUCUGCCAGUCAAAAUGGCCAUCACCAAGUUGUUGAGCUUUUACUUAAUGGAAAUGCUGAUCCUAACCUUCAAACGCAAAACUGGAUGGACUGCUUUGAUGUCUGCCAGUGUAAAUGGACAUUACCGAGUCGUCAAGCUUCUACUCGAAGAAAAACAUCCACAAUAAUCAUCAAAGACGACAAGAUGGUGUGA